AUGGCGAAACGUCCAAUUGAAAUUUCUUUACCAGAAAAAAUAGUUAAAAUAGCAAGUGGAUAUGAUUUUAUAUUAUUUCUUAGUGAAACAGGACAGGUUUAUUCAUGUGGUAAUGGAGAAACAGGUCAAUUAGGUCGACUUAGUCGAUAUGCAUCGGAAGAUGGCGGACGUGGAGGCAUUGAACGAUUAAUUACACCUGCACCUAUUCUUUAUAAUCGAUCGUCAAUUAAAGAAAAAAAUUUAUUAUUUGAAGAUAUUUUUACAGGUGCUCAUCAUUAUUUUUUAAAAGUACAAGGUCAAUCUUAUAUACUUGCUGGUGGCUUGAACAAUUUUCAUCAAAUUUGUUUAUCAUCAACAGAACCUGUCUUUUUUCCAACACAUAUUCCAUCAUUAGACGGCUACCAAUGGAAAAAAUUUGCCGGUGGUCUACAUCAUACACUUGCUCUUACUAUUAAUGGUGAAGUCUAUGCAAUGGGACGUUGCUAUGAAGGUCAAUUAGGUAUUGACAGCCUAACUACUCAUAUUGAUAAACCAACACUUAUUCCAAAUAUUCCAAAAGCUGUUGAUAUAGCUUGUGGAAAUCAUGUUUCAUUCAUAAUUGACGAAACAGGCAAAGUUUAUUCAUUUGGUACUGGUACGUCCCUUCAGCAUGGACAUGGAGAAAAUGAUAUUAAAAUUCCACGCAUCAUGUCAUCGAAAUUUAUGGAUAUUAAAAAAAUAGCCAAUAUUGCUGUUGGUGCUCAACAUACAAUUUUUCUCACUAAAUAA